UAUUUAUUAUUAUUAUUAUUAUUAUUAUUUUAUCUUGAAUUGAAUUAAGCAUUAUUUGUAAUACAAUAUUCAAAGACUGACUGUAGGCAGCACUGUGGGCCAAUGUUUUGAAUUGCCCCCUGACAUGUGUUUGUGUGAGAGAGAGACCCUUUAAUGGUGUCUUAUCCAUUAUAUAUAGUCUUAUAUAUUUCCUGCCUCAUGCUUAGCACUCCAGCGAUAGGCUCCAGAUUCACCAGACCAGGAUAAAGCAGUUAUAGUAGAUGAAUGAAUGAAUGAAUUAGAGAUGCACCAAUACAAAAUUUCUCAGCCGAUACCGAUAGCUUAUUCAGAAUGAUACCGGCCGAUACCAAUACCAAUAGUUUGGUGGUUCUGCCUUUUAUACCUUCUUUUAAAUUAAUAAUAAUUAAUUCCACAAUUCGAAAGGAAAUGCAAAUAAAAACUUUAUUCUCUCAAUUUAAACAAGUUGUUUCACAGUAACUGGUCUCAUAAACAGAAAACACAUUACUCAAAUUAACAUUAACACAUGUACUAAAUUCUGAAGAUUGAAUUAAGAUUUUUUAACUUAUUGAAUGUUAUUAAUUCAUAUUAACAGAAUUAAUUGACUGAAUUCUAAAAAACUUCCCGUUAGUCUCACAUUCACUCACCACAAACGAAAGUAUUUCUACUUCAUCAUUAAACAUGAAACUGGUAAUAUAUAAUAUAAUUUUUAUUUUUUGAUGAUAUUAACUCAUUAACAUUAGCUGGAUAUGAAAUAUACUACUCUACAAAUAUAUUUUUUUCUGUGCAAUAUAUACCCUUUUUGUCAACACAUCUUCAUUUAAAUCUUUCAACCGUGUACUGGUGCUUUAAUUCAGCUCGAGCAGCGCGGCAAUUUUUUUUUUUACAAAAUUAGACUUAACGCCGAAACUCCUGCUACACUGCUGCAGUGUCCGGUGUAAAAGCACUCAUUCAUCAACAUGCACGCCGAAAAAAAUACGCACUGCUUCUGCUCUGCUACAGCAUGCAGUGUAAAAUCUUAGCAGUGCAGAGCUUACAAACUGCAGUUUUGUCGUCAUUGUCACCCAAUUCUAAGUAAUUUCACACGAGACAUCUUUACACACAGCACGAAUUCAGUGUUUUCCCACGCUCUUUUGAUUGACAGGAAAUAAUCGGUCUUAAUCAUCGGAUGUUUUUAAACGUGAAAAACUUUAUCGCCCGAUACAUCGGUGCAUCUCUAGAAUGAAUAAAGUGAUUGCAAAUGUUUUAGUAAUUAUACAAUUAAAACAUAAAAAUACAAGUAAAUUUGGAGAUCAUUUUGUAAUUAUAUAAGUAAAAUAAUGUGCUGUACAUGCAGUUAUAAAACGGGAACCUCUAUUAAGAAUCCACUACGAAAACAUACACAAGCACAGUACAAACACUCAAGGGUUAAACACUGGAGCUGACUGCACCUGUUUCCUUAUCAACUUAACCACACAGGAAGGAGCAUGGGAAGGUUACGCCCACUUACAUGCCUGUGUGAUGUAAUACUCCAUUCUUCAGGGAGUGGAAAAUAUAUAGAGCUCACUGAAAAACAAUAAUCACUACAUGAUUACAUUGUGGUUUUAUUAUUUGGAGUCACUUCCAUCCAAAGGUUAGGGCACAAAGGACAUCUGGAUAGCCAUGGCAAUAAAUUGCUUUUGAAGUGUUCUCUUUUGAUUGCACUUUCCUUGGCUCUACACAUUUUUACCAGUCCAGCAACCACCCAUAAUACAAUGGAACACCACUGACCAACAGCCUUAGUAAAUCAGUCUUAUAUGUUAAAACUCAAAAUAAGCUUGAAUAAUUUUAUUUCAUGGAAAGAAUAAGAAGUUAAACAACAGUAUGGAACAGUAACAAGGAAUGAUACUUAAAAAUGUAACAACAUUUAAAUAUUUUAAAAAUGUGUGAACACACACAAGCAAACAACUUAGGGAUAAUGGACCCUGAAAAUAUAUUUCUCUUUCUAUAUAUAAUACCUUUCCUUUUAUAAAUAUGAUCUAAUACGUUCUCGAAUUAAAACGAACAGGAGAAGCAAUAACAAAUCUAGUGUCUAAGUGAUUAAGUUAGACAAUGCAACAGUGGUUAAGCAAAUAUUUUUCCAGUGACUUUUUUCUUUUUCUUGUCUGUACUGGUAAUGGUAGUCCAAUCUGCAUCCCACAUCCACUUCAAAGCUGAAACGCGGACGGUCAGGUGUCCACAUACUUUUGGGCAUAUAGUGUAUUUCACUAAGGUGUGGGUGUGAUUGGUCAAGUGUCCACAAAUAUUGGCAAUUUAAUAUAGAUAUCUAGUUAAAAUGUCCAUGCAGCGGGGGCAACGCGGCUUACAGGUUAGCAUGUUUGCCUCCAACUUCUGGCCCACAGGUUCGAAUCCCUCCUCCACCCUGCAAGCAUGGAGCUUGCAUGUUCUCCUUGUGCUUUGGGGGUUUCCUCCGAGUACCCUGUUUUUCUCCCCCAGUCCAAAGACAUGUGUUGUAGGCUGAUUGACAUUUUCCAAAUUUUCCAUAGUGUGUGAACUUGUGCGAUUGUGCCCUACAAUUGGUUGGCAUCCCUUCCAGAGUGUCCCCUGCCUUGUGCCCCGAGUACCCUGGAACAGACUCCAGGCUCGAUCGUGACCCUGUGUAGGAUAAGUAGUAUGGAAAAUGGAUGGAUGACCAUGCAGAAGUAAUUAACAUAACUUUAUAGCUUUAAUAUAACUAUACAAUUCUUGUUAUUUUUAUUUUUAUUUUUUUAAAGGGCACAAAGGACAUCUGGAUAGCCAUGGAUCUGUGCAAUAAAUUGCUUUUGAAGUGUUCUCUUUUGAUUGCACUUUCCUUGGCUCUACACAUUUUUACCAGUCCAGCAACCACCCAUAAUGCAAUGGAAACAACUGGGCACAAAACAACAAGAAACAACAGAAAAGCCACAACACAACAGGAAAACAAUAUUUCUAACUCAUAUAAUAAUUCAUCUAUUAACGCCAAUGGAAAUACUUCAAAUAACAGCUCAACAAUUUCAAACAGGCAUAACAGUACAAACAGCACAGUUUCUGACAGCACACACCACAACUCAACAGUGCCAAGCCCAAGAGCAGAGAUUACAACACAUCAGAUAAAUGUAUCUGCCACUGAAACAAACUUUGCAACGCAGUUUGCUUCUGCUCCCACAAGAGCAGAAGUCUCAACAACACUCAGACCUCCAGUAUCCACUGUGCAUAGCACAUCCAAGUCCACUCCUGCAUACUUUACCACAGGAACAACUAUUGGCAACAAAACAAGCAACGAAACUGCUGCAGGUGCUGGUCUGAAUAAUUCAGAAACGUCCCUGACCAUUUUGUUCAGUGUAGUGCUCGGUGUGAUAAUUCUAAUAAUUUUGGGGCUAUCUGUCUACAAAAUGACCAGGAGCAAAUGGGCUAAGUAUUCUCACCAUCCUCUUCAUAAUGAAGAUACAGGUAGGCAGUUCAUGGUAACAGAUGACACUCUAGUGAUUUCAGGAGGGCUCUAUGAUGGACCUCAGAUCUACAACUCCACGGUAACUGUGCUGAACGAAGACCACAUGUUUACCUACACACCUACUCAGUUCAGACUGGAGUUCUUGCAUGAGGACCCAACAACAGACCAUAAACAUGAGGCUACAACCUUUAAAACUUUCAACACCACUGACCAACAGCCUUAAUAAAUCAGUCAUGCAUGUUAAAACUCAUAAUAAUCUUGAAUAAUUUUAUUUCUUGUAAAGAAUAACAGAUGAAACAACAGUAUGGAACAGUAACAAGGAAUGAUACAUAAAAACGUAACAACAUUUAAAUAAUUAACAAAUGUGUGAACACACACAAGCAAACAAAUUGGGGAUAAAGUACCCUGAAAAUAUAUUUCUCUUUCUAUAUUAAUAUAUUAAUAACUUUCCCUUUAUAAAUAUGAUCUAAUACGUUGUUGAAUUAAAACGAACAGGAGAACCAAUAUCAAGUCUAAUGUUAUGUGAUUAAGUUAGACAGUGUAAAAGUGGUUAAGCAAAUAUUUUUUCAGUGACUUUUUUCUUUUUCUUGUCUGAACUGGUAAUGGUAGUCCAACCUGCGUCCCGCAUUCUCUUCAUAGCUGCCAGUUUUAAUGCUGCUCCUGGAGACUUAUAAACAGCAGAACUCUGUACCUGUAAAUAAACAACAUUGGAACAUU